AUGGCAACUAAAUUCCUUGUGGCUGGUAUGCUCACAAGUGGAGUUUGUAAUACGAUAUUAAACAAACUCCAAGAUAUGCAAUGUGUGAAGAAUUGCGACAAUCCAGACCCAGACAAACGAGAAUAUUUUGAACAACCAGUUUGGCAAACGCUAAUCAUGUUCUUCGGGGAGACUCUUUGUUUUGUCGCGGUGUAUGUUCUACUAUUUUGGGAACGGCGUAAUAAACCUAAACUUUAUGAUCCUGUGGAUGCGAUUGUUCGUGAGGGAGAAGAUUCGUCAUCACCGCCGCCCAUAAUAGGGAUCGAUGAUGAAGUUUCUGUACCGAGCGAAAAAUUAACUGGAUGGAAAUUGAUGAACGUUGGAUUGAUUUACACUUCAGCGUCAGUCUAUCAAAUGCUCCGUGGUGCGGUUGUAAUAUUCACCGCAGCGUUCUCCAUAAUCUUCUUGAAACGGAUUUUAUACACUUAUCAUUGGAUUUCAUUAUUCUUGGUGGUUCUCGGUGUUGCGAUUGUAGGACUGAGUAGUGCAUUAUUCCCGCCAACGAAACCUUCAGACUUUACCGAUAAUUAUGACUUGACAAUAAAAAAAACUUCAGAUGCAACUGCUGCAUUAAUCGGUGUUUUCUUUGUAUUAGUCGCGCAAAUAUUCACUGCAUCUCAAUUCGUUCUCGAAGAAAAAAUCAUGUAUAAAUAUCGCGUGUCACCGUUACGCGCCGUCGGCCUCGAAGGUAUUUUCGGGGUGAUUACGGUUACUGUUGGAAUGUUCAUAUUACACUUUGCUUAUGGGAGUACGCAUCCUGACGGCUACUUCAAUAUAUCCAACGGGUAUCAUCAAAUAGUUGAUAACGCUGGCGUAUGGCAAUCCGGGGUGGCUAUUUGUUUUUCGAUUGCAUUUUUCAACUUUUUCGGUUUGAGUGUGACUCGAAGUAUUAGUGCUACUGCGCGAUCUACAAUUGAUACGGCUAGAAAUGUUUUUAUUUGGAUUGUAUCGUUGUUUUUAGGAUGGGAAACUUUUUCUUGGUUGCAGCUUAUUGGAUUUAUUAUUUUAAUUUGGGGAACUUUUCUUUUCAACGGUGUUGUUAAAUUACCGUCAUUCCUCGAGCCGCUUGAGCCGGUUGUACCAGAACGUCGUCCUUCCUCUGUUGAGAAUGCUCCAUUAUUACCGGAAGAUCAUGAACCAUAA